GCCCUAAACCCUCGCAACUCUCUCUCUCUCUCUCUCUCUCUCUCUCUUUCGAGUCUUAUAAGCCCUAAACCCUCUUCUUCUACAUCUUCGUCUCUCUCGCUCUCUAGAGUUUCAUUGUCUCUCUCUGGACUUUCCAUAAGGGAUUUAGGUCAUGAAUUUCAACAACGUUAAAGUUCCCAAGGUUCCAGGCGGUGGUGCAGCUUCUGCUUUAAUCAAGUUUGGAGUUUUUGCUGGGCUUGGUGUGUAUGGCGUUGCCAACAGUCUCUACAAUGUUGAUGGUGGGCACCGGGCCGUUAUCUUCAAUCGUAUAGUUGGUGUGAAAGACAAGGUAUAUCCUGAAGGGACGCAUUUGAUGGUUCCAUGGUUUGAAAGACCAAUCAUUUAUGAUGUUCGUGCCCGACCCCAUUUGGUGGAGAGUACUUCAGGGAGCCGUGACCUCCAGAUGGUGAAAAUUGGUCUUCGAGUUCUUACACGUCCUGUGCCAGAUCAAUUACCUACAAUUUAUCGAACACUUGGUGAGAACUAUAAUGAAAGAGUCCUGCCUUCAAUUAUUCAUGAAACUUUGAAAGCGGUGGUUGCUCAAUACAAUGCUAGCCAGCUCAUUACUCAGAGAGAGGCUGUUAGUAGGGAAAUUCGGAAGAUAUUGACAGAAAGAGCAGCAAAUUUCAACAUUGCACUAGAUGAUGUCUCCAUUACAGGCCUAACGUUUGGGAAGGAGUUUACAGCUGCAAUAGAAGCCAAACAGGUGGCUGCACAAGAAGCUGAGAGGGCCAAAUUUGUUGUUGAAAAGGCUGAACAAGACAAGCGAAGUGCUAUUAUCCGGGCACAGGGUGAGGCCAAGAGUGCCCAGCUGAUAGGUCAAGCUAUUGCCAAUAAUCCGGCAUUUAUUACCCUAAGGAAGAUUGAAGCUGCUAGAGAAAUUGCACAUACAAUCUCAAAUUCAGCCAACAAGGUUUUCUUGACUUCAGAUGAACUGUUGUUGAACCUUCAGGAGACAAACUUGGGGACCUCCACUGGGCAGAAGUAAACACAGCAGGUUAAAAAACCUCAGUAACUUCCCUCUUUAGUUCAAUUUGUGAGACUUCAUUUUUGGGAAUAUCUCAGUAAGCUCUGCGUAGUGGACAUGUUGAAUGGUCUUACGUGUUUUUUUCUUUCUUUUGUUUUUUGAAGUCUUCGGAAUGAACGGAUAUAUUUGUCAAACUUUUCAUACUGUUCAAUGGAGAUCCGUGUUCAAUAAGGGUUAGACUUUUAUGAUA